AUGAAAUCCUGGGUGAUGUUCAUGGCUCUGGGAGGCACUAUGGUCGGGGCGAAUACCAUAUCCAUGAUGCCAGAUAUAACACUAGGCGUACGUUUUGUAUGUGAUACUUCGUUGGUCAAGGCACGCCAAGAAAAAAAUCACACUACACCUCUUCGGCAAUACAUAAGUAUAUUUCUUAAUACGGUGGAGCUUUAUUUACGGAAGUCAGAAUGUCCGAAAGUCAAUUUAGUUCUCACUGGUGUAAACGAAACAACGGGAGAAGAGGAGUCUCGCUUUGAGAAAACGGAUAACGAAUCAAGUGUAAAGCACCUUGACCCAACAUUUACACUGGGAUUGUUCCAGCAUUGGGUUAAAAAAAAUAUAGGUUUUAAUAAUGAUGUCAUUGUAUUCUUGCUAACCAGCAUCAUCUUCGAAGAUAACAUUGGGAAUGGAAUUAGUCCGAAUGGCUAUUCCUAUUUCAACGAUAUCUGCUCUUUAGGCGUUGGGCUUGCCCGUGACUCAGGUGUUAUGUUUGACGGAGCGUUAUCUGUGGCACAACAAAUAGCACAUAUGUUGGGCUCUCCGUGGGAUAUAAGUGAUACCUGUCCAGAAAGCGGUAGAACCUUAAUGGCCCCGACGUCUUUGAGCAGCCCGCGAGAUUUAUCAGAAUGCACCAAAGAGGUUUUGCGUCAGCAAUACAACGAUAAUACAAUAAAAGACGUCUGUUGGAAAAAGACCCUGAAGCCCGAUGCUUCGUCCAAUUGGAGCCUUCCAGUGACAUACUUCCAAACAGAGGACUACUGUUCUACUCGAGAUUCACACAGAGGUUUCAAAUGUCCUGAGGGCAAUAGAUAUCACGUUGCGAACGCUACAGAAUGUUUCAUGGGUUGUUGCGUAAACAAUACCAAGGAAGCGAGUGGUUUCAAAUAUUCUGUGCCGGAUGGCACUCCAUGUGGAGAAAACAAGAUCUGUAUUUAUGCGGAAUGUUCAGAAUUUUCCAAGGAAAACAGCGACUAG